UCUCUCUCUCUCUCUCUCUCUCUUGCUUGCUCUUGCUGUGGCUCUGUCUGUAGUUCCUGUUUGCUGGCAGACAUGAUUGCAGCUUCCCUCUAGACACUUGCUCACCCGGUUGCUUUUAUUUGGAUUUGUCUGGUCCACAACAGUCUCUGUUGAAACACAGCCGUUGGAUUCCCCUACCUCAUCCUGCUCUUCAUGAAACCUUUACCCGAGCAAUGGCGCGACCCUCAGAAGAAGACUGAGCCCUCCCAGGAGGAGAUGACUGGUGAUGAGGUGACAACAAAGACACCUGAAAUCGCCGCAGCAGGAACAAAAACACCAACACUAGACACUCAGAGUCCAGUGCAGUUGAAUGGCGUGACUCUGCAGUAUGAUGUCGGGGAUUCCACCGCCCAGCCUCGAUUUGAGUCCCGACCUUCGUCUCCGUCCCCACCCCCUGAUCCCCCCCCUCAGCGAGAGCAGUGGGGCGGGAAGUAUGAGUUUCUGCUAUCCUGCAUCGGCUACUGCGUGGGGCUUGGGAACGUCUGGAGGUUCCCUUAUCUCUGCUACCGCAAUGGAGGGGGUGUGUUCCUGAUCCCUUACUUCAUCAUGUUGUUGGUCACUGGCCUGCCUUUGUUUCUCAUGGAGCUGAGCCUGGGCCAGUAUGGAGCUGCAGGGCCCAUCACUGUGUGGAAGUGCUGCCCCCUCCUCAAAGGCAUUGGCAUCGGGAUGCUGCUGGUGUCCUCUCUGGUCUGCCUCUAUUACAACGUCAUCAUCGCCUGGACCUUCUAUUACCUGGGCAUGUCUUUCCAGAGCCCCCUGCCCUGGUCCUGUGAGGCUAUUGCUAAUGCCAGGCUCUGCCAGAUGAAUGUAACAAAUGGCAGCCAUCAUUUGAGCGCCAGUGAGGUCUUUUGGAAUGAACAAGUGCUGGGAGUGGUCCACAGCGAGGGACUCCAGGACCCCGGACCAGUCAGGUGGCAACUAGCCAUCUGUCUGAUGCUGGCCUGGGUCAUCAUCUUCCUGUGUAUGUUGAAAGGGAUCCGCAGCUCAGGCAAGAUUGUGUAUGUGACAGCCACCUUUCCCUACCUGGUCCUCAUUGUGCUGAUUAUCCGGGGUGCUACGCUAGAGGGGUCCCUGCAAGGGGUUCAAUUCUACCUCACCCCCGACUGGCAACGCCUACAGAAUGCUCAGGUGUGGAACGAUGCUGCUUCUCAGAUCUUCUACUCUCUGGGUAUUGGCUUUGGGGGUCUUCUCUCCAUGGCUUCCUACAACAAGUUUGAUAACAACGUCAUCAGGGAUACUAUUGUUAUUGCUGUUGGGAACUGCUUCACCAGUUUCUUUGCUGGUUUUGCUAUCUUCUCCAUUCUUGGGCACAUGGCCUGGAGGAAGAAUGUGCCAGUGGGAAAGGUGGCAGACUCUGGUCCUGGGUUGGCAUUUGUGGCCUACCCAGAAGCCCUUGCUCUUCUGCCUGGUUCUCCCUUUUGGGCCAUUCUGUUUUUCCUGAUGUUGUUCACUCUGGGAGUUGACACUCUGUUUGGUAACAUGGAGGGCAUCACCACGGCGGUCAUAGAUGAGUUUCCUGUUUUGCGGAGUGACAUGAAGAAGAAGACUCUUUUUCUCGCUGUGCUCUGCUUUGGAUUCUUUCUUAUGGGCCUACUCCUCAUCACAGAGGGAGGGAUCUACUGGUUCACUCUGAUCGAUUCCUACGCCACCAGCUUCGGCCUCAUCAUCAUCACCCUCUUCAUGUGCAUCGGCAUAUCCUUCUUCUACGGGGUGAACCAGUUCUGCCAGGACAUCAUCGAUAUGAUCUGCAAGUGCCCACCCUGGUGCACCAAGGUGCUCUGGUACUUCAAAGCAUGCUGGGUGUUCUGCACUCCUUUGCUGUUGCUGUUCAUCCUCAUUUACGUUUUCAUUGAGAUGUACAACACCCCUCUACACUAUGGCUCCUAUGAAUACCCCCGCUGGGGAAUGGCACUGGGGGUGUGUAUGGGGACCCUGUGCUGCAUCCAAAUCCCAAUCUGGGCUAUUGUGGCCAUCUGUAGGGAGUCUGGCACACUCAAGGAUAGGUUCAGGAAAUCAAUCCGGCCGUUGAAGACGUGGCGCGUGACCAGUGGCCACCAGUCCGUGACUCCACAGAUGGUGGAAGUGCCAUAUACUGUGAAUCUCACUGACGCUGACUUCACCGCCCAGCAAUGGGAGAACGGGACAAGUGAUGCAUGAGACUUGCAUUGCUGCUGCCAAGUGACUGGAAGCUGGAAGCACUAGGACUUGAUGACUGGUGACGUCACAAUGCCUCGGAGCGUAAGUCACACCAGGCAUUCUAGGCAGACAAUGGUGCAGUGUUUUCAUGCUCCACUUAGUCUCCAAAGUUAACAGGAAGCAACAUAUUUUUUUCAACUUCCGUAAAACAAGAUGUUACAACACAGAACUUUUUGUACCUUUGUCCUUACUGUAUACUCUCCUCCCCAUGUUCAAACACUCACUCCAAACCUCCUUUUCUUGGGUUAAGAAUUAUCCAACAUUUAAAACAGGCCUUUCAUUUAAAGCCAAAUGUUCAACAGACUGCUACUCUAAAGUAGAGUUUAUCAAGUGCCAUGAGCAGCAAUGUUAUUCUGACCUACAGCUGUUGAAAUCUAUGUAAUCUGGUCAGUUGGCUUCAUUGUUAAUAGAUGGACAGAGACUGGUGACUCAGAAUGCAACCCUUCUGCAUUGCAAGAGACCACACUCACAUGUGUAAUGAGGGUUCUAGCAUUCCUUUUUUAUGCAGCUCAAAUAUUUCCGUCCUGGCCCUUGAAUAUCAGUCUUGAGAAAAGCGACCUUUACUCAAAAGUUUUAUUUCUCACAAUGUAGUAAUUCCCUCCUCAUUGCUAAAAUGUUACACAGUACCUAUAUCCUCCUGAUCAAAUAUUCAAGAGAUUUUGUAUCCUGUGUUGAUGUCUUAGUAGUUGCUGUUCUUGCAUACAAAUGCUGUACCAUAUAAGAGAAUGUUUACUGUUAUAAAUGUGUUUUUUGUGUUACUACAAUCAGACUAAGACACCUAGAAAAUGCUCCCUUCUUUUAAUUUUAAGAAGCCCAGUGUAAGUGACAUGCAACAUGACAUUGUUGUUUAGGAGUAAAGGACAUUAUGAAAUGAGUGAUGACCGCAUCGUAUUUUCAGUGGAAACAGGGCCCGCUGUACCUCCCCCACAGAUUAAUAUUUUUAUUUUGAAACGUCACAAGUGCUACAAAGAGCAGGGCAAACAAAACACAGCACUUUACAUUAAAGUGCUCUUCAUGCUGACUUCUGUGUACAUAAAAGCGUUUCUUAAUUUAAUAAACCAUGAUCUGAUGCAUGUGUAUCUGACAUGAGUUGCAUGCUGUGAUUAAAGAGCAGUCUUUUCCAUUUUAGCAGUUAAUAUUGUACUGGAAGUAUUUUUUUGCCUGAAGGACCUCGCACAGUACAGUAUGUAUGCAAUCCUUGUCAUGAAAUACACUGUACAUUCUGAAACGAUACGGUUACAUUGGACUGUCAAAGCAUGUGUGUGGUCAGUCAUUGGUUUAUUAAUGAAAUAUUUGGACUGAAACAAUAAUUCAAUUCCAAUUUAAUUACCAAUUAAUUUUUACGUCAAUUGUGUGAAGUUUGUCUGUAUGUAAUCUAUCUCUGUAUUGGUGUAUUUAUGGGGAUAACAGGUAAAGCUGUGGUUUACACAUGUUUGUACUGCUUUUCUAAAUGUUUACAUUAACAGUAAACUACACUGUUCAGCUAAAACAUAUACUGUACAUAUUGGCUGUGACCAAAUAAUAAAGACUCGUAACCAAGGAG